AUGGCGUGGUUUCGAAAACGUUUUUCCUAUUACGAAUCGCUUAUCGAGCGUUGUCCAACCGAUGAGGAACCGACGAUCAAACUAAGAGGUUAUCGUACCCGACCUGACGAUCCAUCCGUUGAUAAGGAAAGACAGCAUGUGUCUGUGUCUGACUACGAAAACUUACAGGAAGUAAAGGAGUACGUUGACACAAUGUCUAGUUGUUCCAUGGAAUCGAGUGUUGCGCUCAGUGCGGAUUCCACGCUGACACUCACCGAACGGGACACUACUCCCACUCCUGUGAAUGGGCUGCUCACCAGGACCCCUGUAUUGCGUAGGAGAAGAAGUAACAUACACACAAACCUGAGGAGAAACUACAGAAUAAUGGCUCCUGACGAAUCUAUCCAGAUUUUGAAGCAGCAAAGCGGUGUUGUGGAUGACCAACAGCAACAACAUUCACAAAGGAGUAAAAUCUUACGUCGAAAAAGCAGUCGACGAGAAAAGGACAUUAUCAAUCCUCCUCCGAUGGUGAUCACACCUCCAGUGCUUCUCAAUCGUGUCCAAUCCUGCUCAUUAUGCUGUCGAGAGAAGAGUUGUCCUUCUGAUGCGAUGCCGCCUACGUCACUGACAUCAGCGCGGUUUUCAGAAGAGGAUCCCGCACGACUAUCAUUUGUCUCGUCAUCAACGGGCUACAGCUCAGCGCGCUCCUCCCUUCGUAGUUCUGAUGGAGGAGAAGAUAACAGUAACAAUCGAGACAGCGGCAUUGUAAGUCUCUCCUCGCUCUCAUCCCUUUCAUCAUCGCGUAGAUCAACGCUGCUCUCCGCUGGUUCCCUUUCGCAUGUCGAUCGCAUCGCAAUUGAACUUUUCGACACAGAAAAGAGUUAUGUUGAGGAUCUCUAUGCUGUUAUUCAGGGUUACCUGAAUUUUCUUGUCGAUCAUCGCGAUGAACUUGGUGUAACGCUGGACAACAUUUCAUCGUUGUUCGGAUGCAUUGAGCGAAUCUAUGCAUUCAACCGAAAGCUUCUACAGCAGCUGGAUUUGGCCGACUUGGACUGCGUCAAGAUGAGUCGUUGCUUUGUGGACAGUGCGGGCAAAUUCGAGGACUACAUUGUGUACUGUACCAAUUACCAUCGAAUGAUCGCAACCCUCUCGCAGCUUCAGCAGCAACCUCACCUGGCUGCUGCCCUGUCGCAACGUCAAGCUGCACUCGGUCAUGCUUUACCACUCAGCGCCUAUCUUCUCAAACCCGUUCAAAGGGUGUUGAAGUACCAUUUAUUUAUUGAGAAUAUGCUGAAACAUCUUCCCAGUUCCAUACCACCCGAUGAUUUUGCGGUCGUUAAACGUGCUCAUGAAGUGAUGACAUCUCAAGCGUCACGAAUAAACGACGAAAAGAAACGUGCCGAACAUGCGGAACGAGUUGAACAACUACAGGCUGCCAUACAAAAGUGGACCGUCGAUAAGCAAACCGCAAAUUUGUCGGCAUACGGGGAAUUGCUGUUGGAGGCGCAGUUCCGUCAAGCUGGCUCGAAGACCACCAGACUUCUGUUCCUUUUUGAAGAAAUGUUGCUGAUUGUGAAACAGAGGAAUUCUAACUACGUCUGCAAGGACUAUAUUAUGUCUUCAAACCUCAUGCUAAACGAGUCAAUCUAUCCAGAAGAGCCACUUGCAUUCCAAGUACUCUCCUUCGAUAAUCCUCGAACACAGUAUAUAUUCCUGGCGUCGUCGGCUGAUCAGAAGAGGACAUGGAUGAUUGAACUAAAAAGAAUGAUGCUUGAUCAUUAUGGCAUCGAAAUCCCAGAGAAAACGAAGCAAUUGAUGCUCAGCAUGGAUAACACACAAAGAGUAGCAUUCGGAAGGCCAGAAUUUGCCGAAGUAUCGUUGAAAAACCACAAACGCGUGCCAAAAUACCUGGAAAAGCGCCGAAAAAGCGUGGAUAAGGGAACAAGCGACCAAAAUCGAAGACGAAGCCUUUCCGCUUCUCGAUUACUCGGAGCGAGCAAGACGUCCUUGGUGUCGGAUUCUUCACGUUACAAAUUAUUUGGAGUGCCCGAUGUGGUACCGAAAUGUACUUGUCACAUGUCCACAACUCCUGGACCGAGCAACGGACCAGUUUCAAAUCGUGUCUCUGCUGUCUCCAAAGUCCCAGUUUCACGGACACUUUCUGCCUCCACAAUUUUCUUCGACGGAUCGCUAGAAGGAGCGCAAAGUGCACCCGCGAAGGAGGCGGUGCUCUCGUCAAGGAGUCGUUACCAUAUGGCAAGAAAUAAGAGAGCACUUCCGCCAAAAUGUGAGACGCGAUCUCCGUCCAUUCGUCGAAUUGAAUGCGAAGAAAUCGACGAAACAUUCAACGAGUUGUUUAAGGAACUCGUAUCCUGCGGCAACGCCAGCCCUAAGACUCAGGCUAGGCAAGCUGUCGCCGUCGCACCGAACUCUUCUGAACAGGACUCGUUGCAAGAAGUGAUGGCUUACAGAGAACAAGCUGUGUACAAAAAUCGUUCGAAAUCCUUGACGAGGCUCGACGAAUUCUGCGAUCCAUCGAUUGAUCUGCUGCUGAACGGAGACGUUGCUGAAUCAUUUACGCCUUCAGAACUUUAUGAGCAAGAACGUCACUUCAACAGAGGAGAUCAAAUGAAGCGUGGAAGAGCGAAGAAGUAUCACAUGUCCGGGGAUUCGGAGAUGCUACGUGGUGGUUGUGGUCGUAUACCGUUGAGCGAUCGAGCGGCAACAAUUGCAGAAGUGGAUUCACCUCGGGGUGAUUUCCCACUCAUCGAUGACGACGUUGUGUCUCCACGAAAGCUCGCAGCCCGACAGAGAACCCCGUUGACGGUCGAACAAGCAGCGGAGUUGGAUGCGUUAAUACCCGUAGGUGGGGUUGUUAAAACCCUAAUAAGACAGAUUGAGAACACUGGUUCCUGA